UAUACAAUUUUAUUUGUAAACAAGUAGUAGUUUCAAUACAUAAGUGCCGAAAAAUGGACGCGUAUGAAAAGAGAGCAAAAGAUUGGGAGGAUUUGGAAGUAACAAAAAGUGAAUUAAAGGAUUUAACGGAAUGCUUAAAGAAAGAGGAAUUUCGUAAAAUGUUAAUUGAAUAUGCGGAGGAGGUGAACGAUCCGGAAAAUAAGAAACUUUAUCAGAAAGAAAUCACUGAAUUAGAGAAGCAGCGGGGCGUCGACGUUACGUUCGUUAACCCUGAGCCGGGUUACGUCAUAAAAACGAGUGUUAACGAUGAGAGAAAAUGUUUUUUGAAUAUUAGCCAAAGUAAAAUUGUCAAUAAACCGAGCAGUCAACCUUCGGAGAAUGAUGGAAAUCGAGGAUUACAAUGGUCCAUUCCCUAUACGCUUGCACCACCUAGAGACGACCUCGAUAAGAAAAAUACUCGUUGCACAGUCUACGAUGUCGUUUUUCAUCCUGACACACUUUAUUUGGCAUCGAAAAAUUUAAGAUUCAAGGAACUUGUCAAUAAUUCAGCAAUUGAUGGUGUUGAAAAUAAUUUUAAGGUGAAACUUGAUAGGAAAAAUUUGAAAUUUCCCAAAAUGAAUUUCAAAGGAACUUCCGAGGCGACAGUAAUUCGGAAAGAAUGCGAGAAACCAGUGGAACAAUUACCAGAAGCUGAAUCGGAAAUUUAUCAAAAAAUAAUAUCCGGUUACGAUAAUUAUCGUGAGAAACAAUCUCAAAAAUUAGAGGAUAAACCACAGCGGUCAACUCCAAAAACGAUAUAUUACAAAAAUAUGGAGAAAUCUCAAGAUUUAAAGACAGAAUACACAAUUCCAAAAUAUACAAUAACACAUCAAAGUGAUUUGGAAUUGGAAGAAUUUACAUACACUAAGGAUGCAAAAAUGUAUUCUGCAACACCGAAAAGACUUAUUGUCGUUAUUCAUUUGCCUUUAUUAAAAUCCGCAAACGAUGCAAGACUCGACAUUCAUGAACGUUCAUUAACAUUAAGAAGUGAAAAACCUGCCAAGUAUUUAUUGGAAUUACCACUUUCGUAUUCCGUUGACGGCGAUAAUGGAAAUGCGAAAUUCGACACGAAAUGUAAGAAAUUAACCGUAACAUUACCUGUAAUUCGUAAGAGUUUUUCAUUAACAGAUCCACGAGAAGACAGUGGUGUUGACACUGAUCACGGAAGUCCUGUCAGGGAUGCGAAUGAUGAAUUUGAAAAUGCCGAGGGCAAUUGUUCAAAAUCAAAUUCAAGACCUUUAAUUGUCGAAUUAAAUAAGGAGAGUGAAGUGCAAAUCAACGAAUUCGAUGAUACGGCAUUACGGACUAGAGAAAGUGUCGAUAUCACACCGUUUAUGAAUCCGAAUAUCAAAUAUAAUAUUCCAAUGUUCACGUGUAAUACGUACGAUAAUAUUCUCGCGAUAACAAUUCACGUUAAGAAUGUAGACUCGGAAUCGAUUUGUCAUAAGGUGCUUGAUAAUAUGUUGGGAAUUCAUGUUUUAUUAACUUCCGUUGGGGCGGGUUUCUUUCCGGUUUAUUAUUCCAUUUGUUUUAAGCUCGACAACAAUGCAGUUGAUCCAACUUCAAUUACGAUUGAACCAUGGGAUAAUAAUGUUAUCAUCACGCUUGCCUUGAAAAGCACUGAUCUCAGCAGGUACUUUGUUGGUCUCAAUGAAGAAAUCAUGGAAGCAAAGGAUUUCUCGUCGGCUAUUUCCGUUAAGAGCAAACUCAAAGAACUUGUGGAAGAGCCGGAAGAGGAGACUGACAAAAAUAUCGAAGUUAUACGAAAUGGCGAAGAAGUGGUGGUGAGCAUUCAUUCAAAUUCGAUCGAUACUGAUGAAGAAGAUCGGGAGACUGAUCAAUCAUCAUCUUGUCACGAGGAGCGAAAACGUAAUUUGGAAUUGACACGAUCUAUUUCCGAGAGCAGCGGUGACGAAUUGCCGAGCAGUAAUGGCAGUACUUAUAGAUCGAAAGGAAUUUUAAAAUCCCACAGAAAUCAUAUUUCCCGUUCCGUAUCGGAAUCGAGUAUCGAUGAGAGUGCAUGUCUCGCGUCAUCAAUAAAUUUCCAAUACGACUCAGUCCAGGAAUUAAAUUCAGAAUCCGAAAGUUCCAGUCUUAAGAAAACUGUCAGAUUCAGUGAUGUUGUUUCACGUCAAUUAUAUAGGUCGAAUUCCAGUAUUUUAGGUCAGCGAAAGAAGAAUCAACGAAAAUUGAGAAAUAAGAAACGAGCGCACGAUCGUCGAAUGAGCGAGAGUGAAAAUUCAGAAACAGAGGAACGUGAUAAGUAUAAAGUAGAAUUAAAAAGCGAAUUACAAUCAAAUCAAAUGGAUAGUGUGAGACCAAUUCUCAGUAAAAAUGGGGAGAAUCAUAAAACCGAUAAUAUUGAAAUUGAAGUUUCACGUAAUAAUAUUAAUACAAAUGCAUUGCAUAAACGGAAAACAAAUAAAAAGAGAAAUGAAAUAUUGGUUAAUGAUGAUAAAGAGACUGAGAGUGGUGAUGAAAUCCACGUGGAAUUAAAGAACGAUCUGAUUUUUGAUCUUGAUAUGUAGAAUUCGUUUGGAAAACAAAAUUCCUCCCCCUCCCCGGUAUAUCUUGUAUGUGAUAGAUUUUCUAGUUUUUAUUAAUGAAUAGGUUUUCGAUGCCUUUAGCUCGAUUGCAGUUUUCACACAUAUAUGCAUAAUUCACUUAAAAAGUUGAAUCUUAUUUUAAUGGGUCAAAGAGAAUGAAAACGCGAACAAAAAAGGGAAGAAAAAAACCUUUAAAUUUUUUAUUUUGUAUUUUUUUUCUCUCAAAUCGAAAAGAGAACUAUCGAUCUUCUCAAAAUUUGACAGUCGACUGUUAUAAUUUGAAGGUUUUUGCAUAAUAAUUUACUUUAAGCGAAACGAAAAUUAAUGCAUGCAUUUUUAAAUUGGCUCUAUUUAAGGCAAUCUUCUGGAAAGGACCUUAAAGAUUAACAUUCAAGUUUGAAUUAAUUUCAAGGGCAAUAAUUUGAAAAAAUAAUUUUAUCUUAUUUUAAUUGUCCUUAAUUUCAAUUCUCUACUUUUAUUUCAUUCGAAAGAAUGGUUAUAAUUUAAUUAUGAAAUUAAAUUUGAACAGGAGAAAUUUACGUUAAAUUUUAAAUGCGACUGUCGUACAGUGAAGCAAAAAAUGAAAUUUUGUUUUCACUUUUUUGAUUUCGCCCUUAAAUGGAAUUGAAAUCGAAGUUUAGAACGGUUUUAUGGUUUAAUUUGCUUGAUACUUUUUUUUCUCACCUUUUGCACACAAUCCAUGAAUGAUAAUUAAUAUUAAUAUAUUUGUCAUCUUUAUUUUGUCAAUAUAAAUUAUUUUAUAAAUUCUUAUUUUAGAAAUAAUUAUUUUACAAAUAAUUAUAUUAAGAAAAUAGUUCAAUAUAUUAAUAAUAAUUUUCAUUAAUAGUAAUAGUAAUAAUAAUAUCAUUAAAUGAUAAUAGAGCCGAAAUCUUCGUACAUUGAGUGUGCGUAUCGUAAAGGCAUUUUUUAUAGACUGAAAAGUUGAUUGUCAUAUUCUUGGAAAUAAAAAUAUUUGUAUAAGGUGCGAUCAAGAAAAAAAAAAUCUUUUUAAAGAAAAAAAAAGUGCUGAAUUUUUGACGAUAUAAUUCAAAAAUUUUAAAUUGAACUUCGUCUACUUCCAAGAUUGCACUUUUUAUUGUCCGUUUUUACAACAAAAAAAAAGAAUUAGUAACAAUUUUUAUAGAUUGUUGAUAUUGAUAAUUAAAUAUAAACGAUUAAAUAUAAUACUUGAAAAGAACGAAAAAAAAGAAAUUAUAUUUAAGCGUAUCCGUGUAUCAAUGUGUUGAUGAAUUUAAUCAUCUAACGAUUUAUAACCAAUUAACAAAUUGAAUGGAAAUUUUUAUCAAUUUUCGUCCAUAUUGGGCGUGACAAAAUAUUUAUAAAUAUAAAAAAAUCAGUCGAUUUUAUAAAAACAAACAAUUGUUACUAUAUGAGAAAAGAUUAAAAAGCCAUGAGGUUAAUUGCAUCUUUACGAUCUAAUUAAAACGUAGAAAUUUUAGAACUUCUUUUGAAAUGAAAGAUUCUUUUAUUUUUGAAAGUAUUAAUUGAAAUUUAUUAAAACUGCUUGCAAUAAUAGACAAGAAAAUUGUAAAUUUUGCAGAAAUUUUGA